AUGGCGCCCGUUCCCAACCGCAAACGCGGGCGCCCCUCCAACGCGUCCAAGCUCGACCUCGACGCGUCGCAAGAGCGCAACGAUGCGACAGAGGCAUACGAUACCGAUGCGCCCGACCAGCUGCGCCCCAAGAAGCGCGGCAGGCCAAGGAAAACUGCAGCUUCUCCCAGUUCCGCCGAGCCGAGCCCGACACCAGAGAGCUCCAAGCCCGCAAAGAGGAGAGGAAGACCGUCGCUAAAAGGCAAGGCGAGAGAUGCGGACCGGGAGGCGAUGAGCUUGGAUGAAGCGACGCCGGCGCAGCAGAAGAGGAAGCGAGGGCGUCCUUCGUUGAAGGAUAGAGGGAUAGAAGAUGAAGGCACCCCGAGCAGUUCCCAGCGAAGUAGCGCUGCACGAGACUCGGAAGAAGACCAGCUGCAAGACAAGCCCUCGAAUCACACAAACAUACCUGUCAAGCGGAAACGAGGCCGUCCAUCUCUGCAGGCCAUGCGGCAGGAAGAAGAGGCAGCUUCGGAGCGCGCUUCAACAAAGGGGAAGCAACAGGCGCAGCCGCGAAAACGAGGACGGCCAUCGCUACGAGACAUCAGUGCUCCCAACGAGAUGCAGAAGAGGCCAAGUGAUGACGCCAAAGCGGCUGCCGAUAGCCCAUCACAAACAACAUCAGGCAAACGCCGUGGCCGCCCUCCCAAAAGCGGCAGAGCAUCGUCAGGGGCAGUGACAGGAGGAGGAGGAGAAUCGUCUGCUCCCAGCGCGAAGAGACGCCCCGAGGCCGAGUCAGAGCAAGCGGCAGAUACGCAUACACCAAAGAAGAAACAGCGCCGAACUCACCAAGAUGCGGUGACCGCCGAAGAAGACAACGACGACGACGACCUCCCCCCAUCUCCCGAGAAGCCCUACCCUCACGUCUCGCCUCACGUGCACCGCGUCCGGCAGUCCACCAUUGAAUCGAAAUGGAGCCCUUUGCCAGAGUCUACCAUCUCAGCCGCCGCGUCAAUGCUCGCUCUCGCCCACCGACCCAUCCUCCAGCGCCUCUCCAACAGCGAGCAGCGCCAUAACCAAACUUCCGCCGCGCUGCGCCUCGUGACGCACCGCAUCACGCGCAAGAUUGCGCGAGGCAUUCCCUUUCCCCCCGCAAGCAUGCCCUCCGCAAGGGCUCCCCGCGGGAGGCAACAAGCUGGUGCCGGUUCAGUCCCCACCGCCGCCGCCGCCGCCGCCGUGAGCGACGGCCGCGCCACGGAGCUGGACUUUGAGAGCGUGCUGGACGCCAAGCAGGCUCUGGAGCGACAGCUCGACCCGGCGCUCCACGCGGUCGAGCUGCUGGAGCGGGAAAAGGAGAAGCUGGAGCGGGAGCUCGAGAGGGACUACGAGGCGCUGCGCAACUUGGAGUCGAGCGCAAAGGCUCAAGGGAGGGAGUAUCGCGGGCUGCUGAAGAAGGCGCACGUCCUUGCGCCGACGCCCGAGAUGUUGCUUUCGCAGAGGAAGAAGAUGGCGGAGCAGGACGUUUACUUUAAUCAUUCUGGGAGUUCAUCUCCUGGCGGGCUGUUCAGUAACCUCGAAGAUCCUGAACUCAAGGCUCUAGCUCUCCAACUCAGCGACCACAUGGAGAGCAUAAAGACCAAUCUUCAACAAGCAGACGGCAUCGUGCCGCAGUUGGCGCGCAGUCGGGCUGCUCUACAGGAUGUUCUGUUUAGGCAUCUGAGUCAAGAGCAGUAUGAUCGUGUAGUACUUGGAUGA